AUGGAUUACCUCUCUCAGCCCGGUUUCCUCAGCGUCAUCGCCGGAGUCGCGUGCGGAGUGUGCCUGGGAUGGAGCAUCCGCGGGAGACUUCUAAGGCAGCCCAGAGCCGGAAUGACCGGACCUGCCAACCAUCUGGGGAGCGAAGCCAACGUCAUGGGAGAGUCUGGGGAGUUCAAGAUGGUGCUGAUUGUCCGCAACGAUCUGAAGAUGGGAAAGGGUAAAGUAGCAGCACAGUGCUCCCAUGCUGCUGUUUCUGCCUACAAGCAAGUUCAAAGAAGAAAUCCCGAGCUCCUGAAGCAGUGGGAGUACUGUGGACAACCUAAAGUGGUUCUCAGAGCUCCUGAUGAAGAGACCCUGAUCCAGCUCCUGGCUGAGGCUAAGCACCUCGGACUGACCGUGAGCCUGAUACAAGACGCAGGUCGUACUCAGAUAGCUCCAGGCUCCCGGACAGUCCUUGGUAUUGGACCGGGACCGGCUGAUGUAGUAGAUAAAGUUUCUGGUCACCUGAAACUCUUCUAA